UCCAUUUUCUGGUGUGCAAAUAUGUCAUAGUAACCACAAAAACUGAUAAAAUGAACUAAUACAUAUCUACAGGUGGUUGUUGUUGUAGUAGAAUAAUGGUUGAUAGAAAGAACCCAAAAGCCUACCAGACUAGAAGAAUUACGUUUUCUGCAUGUCAUCGACUACACAGCCCUUUUUUAGAUGAUGCAGAAAAUGAAAAAGUUUAUGGAAAGUGCAACCAUAUAAAUGGCCAUGGACACAAUUACAUAGUGAAAGUAACCCUCUUUGGGGAAAUUGACCCUAAAACAGGGAUGAUACUCAAUAUGACAGAACUGAAAUGGUACAUGGAGCAAGCUAUAAUGAAACCUAUGGACCAUAAAAAUUUAGAUAAAGAUGUCGAAUAUUUCAAGAGCCGACCUAGUACAACUGAGAACCUUACAAUUUUUAUUUGGAAGCAAAUGAAAGAUAUUAUGACGAGUCCUGAACUGUUGUAUGAAGUUGAGAUUUAUGAGACAGAGAAUAAUAUUGUAAGGUAUAGAGGAGAAUGAGUAAUUGCAUUGAUUACAAAUCCACAUUCCACUGCAUUGAUCAUAUGAAUAAAAGUAUAUAUAAAUGUA